GAGAGAGAGAGAAAGAGAGAGAGAGAGAGAGGUGUUGAUGGAGGAGACCCUCAAGGCCCUCUCCUUGGACUACCUCAACCUCCUCAUCAAUGGCCAGGCCUUCAGCGACGUCACCUUCAGCGUGGAGGGCCGGCUGGUACACGCACACCGCUGCAUCCUCGCAGCCCGCAGCCUGUUCUUCCGCAGGUUCUUCUGCGGCACGGAUCCCCCGUCGCCGGGGCUGCUGUCGUCGCCCAGGGGGGGCGCCGCGUCCCCCGGGGCCGCCGGAGGCGCCGUCAUCCCCGUGAAUUCGGUCAGCUACGAGGUGUUCCUGCUGAUGCUGCAGUUCCUCUACAGCGGGCAGGUCUCCGUCGUGCCGCAGAAGCACGAGCCCCGCCCCAGUUGCGGCGAGCGCGGAUGCUGGCACACCCACUGCACCGCCGCCGUCGACCUAGCCCUCGACACCCUCACCGCCGCCCGCUCCUUUGGCGUCAAGCAGCUCGAGCAGAUCACCGAGAAGCAAUUGGCCAGCAUGGCCGAGAAGGCGUCGAUCGAAGACGUGAUGAAGGUGCUGAUGGCGUCACGGCAGCAAGACAUGCAGCAGCUCUGGACCACCUGCUCCCACCUCGUGGCCAAGUCGGGCCUCCCAGCGGAGGUGCUCGCGAAGCACCUCCCCAUCGACGUUGUAGCCAGGAUCGAGGAGCUGCGCCUCAAGUCCUCCCUCGCCCGUCGGUCCUCCUUCGUAGCCCACCACCACCAGAUCGACGUUUCCGGCUCCUCUGCGGACCUCGAGGACCACCACCACAAGAUCCGCCGCAUGCGCCGCGCGCUCGACUCCUCUGACGUCGAGCUCGUGAAGCUGAUGGUCAUGGGGGAGGGGCUGAACCUCGAUGACGCGCUCGCUCUCCACUACGCCGUCGAGAACUGUAGCCGGGAGGUCGUCAAGGCUCUUCUGGAGCUCGGCGCGGCCGAUGUCAAUUCCCCGGCCGGUCCCACCGGGAAGACGCCACUCCACAUCGCGGCCGAAAUGGUGUGCCCCGACAUGGUCGCCGUCCUCCUCGACCACCACGCUGACCCCAACGUUCGCACCGUCGACGGCGUCACACCGCUCGACAUACUCCGCACCCUCACCUCCGACUUCCUCUUCAAGGGCGCGGUACCGGGCCUGUCGCACAUCGAGCCCAACAAGCUCCGGCUAUGUCUCGAGCUCGUCCAGUCCGCCGCACUGGUCAUCUCCCGGGAGGAGGCUAAUUGCGGCGGCGGUACUGGUGGUGCUGGAAGCAACCCGACCACGGCCAUCUAUCCCCGAAUGAAUCCAGGAACAGGCGCUUGUGAUGCAAGCAGCUCCACCUCUGGGAUGGUCAACCUUAGCUUGGACUCAAGAAUGGUGUAUCUGAACCUUGGUAUGGCGGCACAAUUUGGAGGCAAGAUGAACGAUGGAGGGGGAGACGGAAGCAGCAGCAGUAGAUCCCAAGGUGGGGGUGGUGGAAUCGGCCCAUCCUCCAUGUACCCUGCUCAUGGCUUCCCAUGACCACAACUGUGUAAGAUCUGAAGGACCAUAUCUACUUCCUUUGCUUACCAAUCUAUAUCACAUUAGUCACAUCAUUCUAUGUUCGAUGUAACACCCAAUGCAAGCCCAGAGAGAGAGAGAGAGAGAGAGAGAGAGAGUCACGAACUCAGAGGGAAUGGUAUUCGACAGAGUUUGUUCUUGGAGGAAUAGGGAGAAUGGAUAUGUGCAGCUGCACCCAGACAUAGAACUCAAAGAGCUUUCCAUGAUUUUAAAUGUAUUUUUGGGUUUGCUUGGAUUCUUGUAAGCUUUCAGGUUUACUGGUAGGGGAUUGAAGGAAGGAGACAACAAGAAUCUAAGUAAGCUGUCAAUUAUGGAGGAGAUGCAGGUCAAUCUUCUCUCUCUCUCUUUCUCACUCUGUGUGUGGCCUCUAUCAUACCUUUUGUUUUCAUUUGCUGAUUCUUCUGAUAUCAUCCAUUGCUUCGCUUCUUUCAUCUCCUCACUUACUGUCUCCCGAGAUGCAAACGUUCUCUCUUCCAUUGAGUGAUCAAAGGAAGCUGUAGGAGAGGCAGAAUUGCUUGAGACUGUUAGCAAAUAGCUUCUAUUAAUGCUUGUAGGGCUGUCAACAUCUGAUGAAGGGAGUGGGUACACUCCUUUCUCUGUGGCCUUUAAAUGGUGUGCUUGUCCUCCCGACUCAGUCUUUAUUUGGAUGUGGAUAAAGGCAGUCUCCCAUGCAGUGACGGCAAUGAGCUGUGUCCUCCCACAACAGCUUCUACAGUGCUUCAGUAUAUUUCCCUCUUGUAUUGUAUCGAUGAUACCGAAAGCAUCACUCAUCUGUAGACCAAUGAAUCCCUUGUCUUGCAUGAAUGCAACACAGUUUGACUCCACUGCACCACAUCUCAGCUGCUUUUAGUGUUCUCCUUUUUCCCAUUGACUCUGUCGAGCCUCACAGCAAUCUUCUCCUUGAGAGAUGGCUUUACAAUAACUGUGUAAUCUAACUGGUCUUUGACCUCCAUUCUUUCGUAUCACCACAUUGAGAAGGUCUUGAGGUCAGCUGAAGAACAAAUGUUUUUGUUGA